AGAACGACAGUAGCGAUGGAGGAAGAGGAGGUGAACUACGCUUCAGUCGUGUUCAAAGCCAACAAAAAUCCCACAGCUGAAGCUAAAAACACGGAGGAAACUGUGUAUGAUCAAGUGAAAGUUAAAAACCAACCAACCGAACAAACUGUGGACACAAAAGCAGACGAGAAGGCAAACAAGAGAGAUGGACACUUUCGGCAGUUGGCUUGUUGUGUUGGGAUUCUUUGUGUUGUGCUGCUGUUGGCCAUCAUAGGAGUCUGUGUCUACAUUACCACAUUAAAUUACACAAGUGAGCAGAACCAGCUCAGAGACAACCUAACGAUUCUCCAGGCAGUCAAUUUCAACCUGACUAACAUCAACGACAAACUGAACUCAGCUGUCAACAAUCUGACAGUCCAGUUAGACAACCUGAAUAAAUCCUAUGCUGACUUAGAGAGUAACAACACGGACGUGAUUGCAGAAAACCAGAAACUGAAGACACAAAACCAGCAGCUGGAGACACAAAACCAGCAGCUGGAGACAAAGAUGAAAACCUUGAAUGAGACGUUACAAGAAACGGAGACAGAGAGGAAUGAGCUGAACGUGAGUCGAGCUCAGUGGAGCAUUGAUCAAUACUGCCCCAUAAAGGGAGCUGUAAGACAGUGUAAGUCCUGUCAGGCAGGCUGGAGACAUGACGAGUCCAGAUGCUACGUGAUUAUUGAUGAAAGACCUCCUGAGCAGAAAACCUGGGCUGGAGCACAAGCGGUCUGCAAGGAAAAGAUUUCAGAUCUUGCUGUUAUAAAUAAUGCAACGGAGAAGCAAUACAUCAGUGGAAUCAGUUGGAACCGUCCAGGAAUCAGUGGAUACUGGAUUGGCCUGAGAGUUGUAGAUGGGAAGUGGACGUGGGUCGAUGGAAGUAAUCUGACUGACAUCUCCUGGAUACAACCAGCGACUCCUACUGAAGGUCACUGUGCCAUUUCUGUCACAGACAACAUCCCAAACAACGGACUGAAAUCAGUGAGCUGCAGUGAAAUGAACGCAUGGAUCUGUGAAAAGAAGGCUUUGUCUCUUACACCACCUUAGUGAGACUUGAGAAGGUUACCAGAUUGUGGUGCAGUGGU